AUCUAUUUUGAGUGUGUUAUGAUAUUUUUGUAAAAAUUCCUGUGAUUUUUUUGUAAUUUCAGAAUUUGUGUGAAAAAUGGUUCAGCGAUUGACACUCCGACGACGAUUGUCGUACAACACAAACUCAAACAAACGGCGUAUUGUCCGUACACCAGGUGGCCGUUUGGUCUAUCAAUACGUGAAGAAGCGCAAGAAUGUCCCAAAGUGCGGUCAAUGCAAGGAAAAGUUGAAGGGUAUCCGCCCAACACGUCCAUUGGAACGUUCCCGCAUCUCAAAGCGCCAGAAGACAGUCGCUCGUACCUACGGUGGAGUUUUGUGUCAUCAAUGCGUUCGCGAACGCAUCGUCCGCGCUUUCUUGAUUGAAGAACAAAAAAUCGUCAAAGUGCUUAGCCGUUCAUCGAAAGUAGCUGUUGCUGCUAAGAAAUAAGCAUUCUAUUUUUACGUAUGUCAUCUAAGGCGUAAUCCUUAUUUCCAUUGAUGAAAUUAAGCAAAAAAUAAAAUGUGAAUUCAGUUACACUAAAAA